AUAGGGAAAGGACCACCGACAAACAUCAACAAUUCUACACAGGAGAAGACGAAGAAUACAUAUACUAUAGCAGCUACGACUUUGGGCUUUGCUCUUUCUGCCUCUACAUCCAUUGACAGCCAGUCUACGCUGUGGAAGAGCACCUGCUCCCGUCUCUUCAUCAAGUAUCCUAUUAUACACCCUACUUGCUUCAAUUUCACACCUCCCACCGCUCUACCUGGCCACGAAAGUCGAUUUUAACUGGAUCGGGCUUUCCAAAAUGAACGGAUGCAAUCGCGUGUAGUUUACGGCAAUGUCUACGGCAAUUGUAGCAAUGUACGACGCCGACAGGUUGCAAGCGCCUUGACAUUCAGCGAACUUCGUCCAACAUGCAUUUCAGCGAGGCGUGCUAUCCCCCGGGGAGGUGACCAAGCCAUUCGAUGGGCGUCGCUUUCCUCGGCCGCUGCGGUGAAGGCGGCGCAUCAGUCAGAAGCAUACGAGCAACCUCCGGAAGAAGACAGGCUAUUGCACCCAAUUACGAGGCCAUCUUUGGAUUAUAGACACUCGACAUCUGGCGCACAAUCUGUCUCUCCGCCCCAACAAUCAACCACGGGAGUAGCCUCCGAAUUCCGCGUAAGGGGAAAUAAAGCCCCAAUCUCAAGGGCGGCCAUUGUAGCCUCCAAAUUCCGCACAAAUAGACCGCCGAACUCAGUGGCUAGUGGGGAGAGAGACAGAACCCCAAUGUCAAGGGCGACUGUAGCCUCCAACCUACGCGCAAAGAAGAACAGACCAGCGAACUCGACGGACUACAAACCGAAUUCGCUUGACAUCAAAAAGGACAACAGUGGCCUAGAACAUGUUUCCGCCCAACGUGCAUCUUUGCUACAUUCUUCAAAGAAACCAGAUCGCCAGGUCAACAUCAGGCCUCGCAGCAACAGGCAACUCAAAAGUCAACGCCCCUCUCCCAGCCAAAUAAUAACUGCCUGGCAAUCUGGGACUAUAAAUUUCCUAUCUAGCGGAGAUGUCGAGGGAUGGUCAAAGUCGGACGCAUUAACAAGCAUAUUCGUGCAAUAUAUGAAGUAUAUGGAGUCGCCACAUUUACCACAAUUUUCUCAGGCCAACCCUGAUCAACUGGAAAGACUGUUAAGACCAUCUGAGCCCUUUUUUACUGAGGAUAUCACGGCCAGCCUUCAAAAACACGGCUGCACACCUCAGGAUGUACGAGGAUGGGCCUGGAUUGUUCUAGCACCCAAUGCCCACGUUGCUGCUGAACGAUACCUUUCGGCAGAUACCACUUUUCCUCCGGUUGCAAUCCUCACCAACAUCCUGCGCAUGAAGAAGAUGCAUAUCAAAACUCUGCGACAAUUGGUUUUUAGAGUUUCUACUAUGCUAACCAAAGUCUCCACCUCUCCGACCAGCAAGAAUCGUGGUAUACUGGAGGACAACUCGUUUCAGACAGUGGUCUGUGGCCUUCUGAGGCAUGCUCGGGAAAUCGAUCCGCUUUCGUUCACCGGCAUUGCCCGCUUGGUUAGCCAGUACUGUGGUAUUGUUACAUGCAUUUCCGACGAGGCUCGUGGUUUUGGUGGGAAGGAGUACACCAGGCUGACCAACAUCUGUCGAACUGUCAUCUGCCGGCUCUCAAUACCCGCGGCCAAGUCUCCUUACGCGUCAAUGGGGUAUGCCUGGGAAGCGCAGCAGGUCAUCCUCGAGGCAGGGAACUCGCUCCAGCCGGCACUAGAACUGGAUGCCAGAAGCUACCAGGCUAUAGCUUGUGUGCUACUUGCCGACAAGAAGACCGAGGCGGAGACUGAAGCGGUUGCACAUCUUCAUCGGUCGUGGCCGCCUUGGAAGAAGGUCUUGGAUGGAAUGGAUGCGCGCCGUCAGCCAGAGGACGAUGCAUCGCGAGCAACCCGCGUUCUUGAGAAUAUGAAAUCAGCUGGGUAUCCCCCGACAUCGUUCGAGAAUGCGAUAAGCAUUCUCGCAGGACGGGAUACAGACGGCACUCCGGCGAUUCCUACGCGGACAAUUAUGCAUCUUGUGCGGCAAAAGUUAUCCAAGGAUAUCAGACACAACAAACCCCUCCAGCCCGCUCACAAACGCCCAUCAAACGUUGCUAGCAAACAACCCUCCAAACCCAUCCAGAACAGCGCCUCCGAACCCGCCCUCACAAACCCCCUCAAAUCCGCCGGCGAAAGAACCCCUGCAUCCAACGGCAACAACUCCGCCGGCAAAAGCCCCGCCGAAUGGGCUGCUCGCAUCCGCGCCACCCGCGACGUCCAAGAAGCCUGGGCAGCCUUCCGAGCCUACCAGGGCCUCCCCUCACAAGCAAUGUUCCACGAGAUGUUCCUCAAGCUUAUCUACGACAAGGUGAACCGCUUGCGCCCGCGCAUGCACCACCCCGCCCCUGGCGACGGGUUUGAGGUCUUCCCAGUCGAGAACGACAACCUGAGCGAUUUCGAGAUUGAGCGCAAGGCCCCGCCGGACGUCAGGGGACUAUACGAGCUCAUGAGGGCGGCGCAGCUAACUGCAACUGACCGAACGCUCCGCCACCUCCUCGCGCAAGCCGAUUCGAUCAGCUGGGCGCUCCGACUCCUCCUCGACUCCGGCCUACCCAGCGACGCCGUGAGUGCGCUCGUUCGCGGCAACGACCGAAAAUCACGGCACUCAUUCCCCAGCGAAACAUCGCCCGCCUCGCCCAAUUCCCUCAAUCAGAAGGAAACCGCCCUCGCCCGCGUCCCCCAUGGCAUCUUCACAGCUCACAUCAAGCUCCUCGCCCGCCUCUCCCUCUCCACCCCCCAUCCCAGACAAACCCCUCCAAUAACACACCUCCACACCGCUCUCACGCUUCUCAAAUCUCACCCUUCUCCUCCCAACUCAGCAUGGCACGCCUUCCUCCGCGCGGCAGCCGCGCCGAAGACCCUCGCACAGCCGAACAACACAUCCCCCGACACCGCGCUCCUACGCACAUACAACCACAGGUCAGCGCCGUACUGGAACUCCGUCGUCCGGGAGACGGUCGCGCAUCUGAGGGAGGGUGAGGGGGACGUAAACCCAGAUAUCUUUCAAUACGCUGCGUAUGCGCUGUAUUCAACCAUCUUCGCUGCGCGUCGCCGCGACGUUGCCGGCGCGCACGAGGAGGCGGAGAAGAGUCUCCCUGCCCUCCAUGAACUCUGGGAUGCGAUAACGGAACCAUCGGAGGACGUAGGUGGUGUCGGGGGGGAGAUGGUACAUCAGGUUAUGGGAACGCAUGUCUUGGCGUAUUUACGCGUCCUCGCUAUCGCGGAUGCGGAUGAGGAGAUCGAGAAGGUGCUGGAGUGGAUGGUGCGCUAUCAAUCUACACUAGGUGUGGUUGGACGCACGAGGGGGAAUGGAAUUGCGAGUUUGAGGAGGGUGAUUGUUGCUGUGCGCGCGUAUUCAGAGAGGAGGGAUGCGGAACGAGAACGCGAUGGAGAGGGUGAGAGUUUUGAGGGGGAAGACGAAGGGAUGACGCAGCGUUUAGUGGCGCUGGCGGAGGAGAUUGAGGAGGAAUGGGGGGGGUGGCCGAGGGAGGAGGAGGUGGAGGAGUAUUUUAGGGAGGGGGAGGAGAGGUAUGGUGGCGGGUUUGGGGAGGGGGAGUGGGUUGUUGGGGGGUUGGUGGGGUAG